UGACAGUGAAUGUGGCUGAUCUGAAGCCCAACACCUCCAUCUUGCGGCCGAGCAGGAGCACCAGCGUUUCACCUGCAGCUGUGCUAAAUCAGAGAGUACUGGUCAAAGAUGGUUUCUAUUAGCGACGAGUAACUGAAACUUGAAGAUGAAUUCUACAAAGCGUUGAUGGGGGGUAUUUUUUCUCAUAAUGGGAACUCCACAGACAAAUGCAGAAAACUUAAUGAAGGUGGAGGGCAACAACACGGAGCAUUUGGAUAGUAUGCAGAAGGCACUGGAGAAACUUCGAAGCCUUUCUCCAAAGGACACAGGGAUGCUGCGGUCCAGAAUAGAUGAACAGUCAAGUCUGAUCUGCAUAUUGAAGCACAGAGCAGAUGAGCUGCUUCUUCGCUGUGAUGCCCUGCAGAAAAUCAAUACGGAGCUGGAGGACAGAGUAACAGACUACCAGAAAAAACUGGACAGCGAAAGAAAGAAAGCAGAGCUAUUGGAAAAGAGAUUUAUGGAUUUAGCUGCCAACAAUCAAGGCAUUAUUGCUUUCAUGGACGAGCACAAAAAACAGAACGCCCAGUUAAAGCUGGAAAACAAGCAGCUGCAGUCAGAAAAUGAAACACUUUUCUCCCAAAAAUUACAAGAUAAGGAAGUGUUUGUUCAAAAACUGAUGGAAGAAAUCAAACAGCUGACAGAGAAAUACACAAAUAAGGAAAAUGAAUAUCGUAUUUUACAUCUGUGUUUAAGGGAGAAAUUAGCUGGAUGCCAGUCAAAACUCCAGGAACAAGCAACUCGGCAUCAAGCCAAAGAAGCAUCGCUACUUGAUCAAUUGCAUGAUGCUCAGCAACAACACAGAGAUGCUGUGGAGAUGUGCAAAGACCUUAAGCUGAAGCUACAAAAGGCUGAAGAACAGCAUGCUUUGAAGGAAAUCAACAUGAGAGGAAGCAUAACAAGCCUCACCAAAGAGAAGGACAAAUUAUUGCAUCUGUCUAUGAAAAGAGGAAAAGUAAUACAGGAGAAACAAGAGGAAAUCCAGCAGCUGGAGAUAAAAUGGAAAGAAGAGAAAAAAGCCAGGGCCAAAGCAGAGGACAGGUUUGAACAGGAAGCAGAAGCGGUUAAUGCAGAUGUAAAAGUGAAGUCUCUCCAAUCCGCUCUUGAUGAAUCCACAUCAAAAUAUGGGAAGUUCAAAAAGGACUUUGAAGCCUUCAAAGAACACAGCACCAACCUCCUUAUGCAAGAAAGGGAGUUAAACAAGAAACUUCGCCACCUGAUGGGCUAAACGUCAGCCUUAUUAGGCAUUAGGUUUUUUAAAUAGCUAAGUCAAAAGAAAACUGAAAUUGUGUUUUAACAAAUAAAUACAGCUCACGGACACCAAUAAUUUCAUGGUACAAGUUGUAACCCUUAUGGAUUUGCUGUCCCACUCCAGCAAACACAGAGUCGCCACUGGGAGCCUUGGCCACAUUGUUGAUCAGCUCCAUAAUCAACACAGUCUUGCCAACACCAGUGCCGCCAAACAGACCUGAAGCAAAACAACAUGUAGAAGAAUCAACCAUCAUGAAAUGCGUGUAUGAAAAUGUGAGUGCAGACCAAAAUUAAAAUAGAGUGUCAGAUAAACCACCAGCCAAUCUCCACUUUAAGCAGAGGGUGCCAGCAGAUCUACCACUUUGAGGCCAGUGACCAUGAUCUCCUGCUCCACACUCUUGUCUGUGAACUUUGCUUCAGGGUGAAUAUCAGCAAUUCUGCAAGAUACUAAAAAGUUAUUUUAAAAUGUGCUGUUAAAAAAAACAAAUUGUCAUCACCAAACAGGCUCUGUACUCCUGCUUGACUGUUCCUUACUAAAACCUCCCCAGCUGCUGCUGAUAGUUGCUUAGCCUUUUUUGUAUUUUUAUAUUUAUAUCCCCAGUAAGAACAAAAAGGCUUGCAGCUGCUACAGACAAGGUUGGGAAGUCAACAAGUACUGAGAGACAAACUUGGGACAAUGUUGAUUUUGGUUCUUUUGGGGGAUUUUUAUGCUUGCACCAGAGUUGCGGCGCAUGGACUGGUAGCUGAAGCCAGUUCACCUCCUGGGCACUGCCGAAGGAUGCCUUGAGCAAGCAACUGCUCAGGACGCCGCACUGAGUGGCAGCCCCCUCACUCUGACAUCUCUCCGCGUGUUGCUAUGUUGCACUAUACUUCAGGACACUAUCUUGCUGUCUCCAAAUGUGGUUGUUUUGAUUAUAGGCCUUAUGUUUGUACUGUACACUGUUACGUGUCUGUUUCUGUUUAGCUUGCUGUCUUUUUGUUUUUUUUGUUAUGUGUGUAGGUACACUGAGAGCAAUGUAGAGUCAUGUAGAGCCCUUUGUGUACCUGGCCAUUAAAAGUUUUUAUGAUUACAA